UCGAACCAUUUACUAGCGUACGCGAAAGAUUUUUUGGAAUUUGAUGUGGUGGAUGCUUCUUAUGAUUAUCAGUGUAACCUUUUACACAGUCAAUUUUUGAUGAGGUAGUAACCGAAGCAGGACAUCCAGUUGAGCAGCAUCGCCAGCAAAUAUCUCCGCAAACCAGAGUAUGGCUCUUUCUAAAACAGUAAGCUUUAUAGUACAAGGCCAGGUUGUCCUUUGUUGUUUUGUAUGUCUCGAGUUGAGAAGUCAUUUUUUCUAAUUAGGAAUAUUACCGUAUUCGUUGAGAGUGGAUUUUCCUCUCGUUAUUGAACCUGAUUUCGCUACUAGACGAACCAGCUGACUGAAUAUAUUGUAGGAAAGUGAAAAAGAGGAGAUAGUAGUGCCUAGAGAGCGAACAAGGCGGGGAAGAAAUGUGGAAGCUCCUGAAAAAGAAAAAGGAUGACAGGAAAAGGAGAAUGACAAGAGAACAGGAAACGACAGUUUAUUUUAAACGUGGUCGUCAGCAUCAGAAGAAGACAGUCAUUAUGUCCUUUAACACAGCACACACAUAGAACGCACCAACUCAACAAUUAAAAGUUGUUAAAGAAGUUGUAGAAUUCAUAAGUGGUAUUUUUAAAAUCGCCCGCCUUUUGGAAAAUGUAUUGAGUUAGAUUCGACAAGCUGAUAAGAGUUGGGUUGCCAUGGAAACCAAAGGACGCGGCUACUGUUGUUUACGCUGGUCGGCUGUGAUAAUCCUGUCAGAGUCAAGAUAAAGAUUCAGGCCUACUUGCUAGUUCCGAAAAUAGUUUAGUUAAUCGGAAACCGUACCGGUAGCAAAUUGUUCUGUUCGAUUCGAUAACACAAACACACAGCUGAUGUUUAUUUACUAACAGGAACAGACAAUCAAAGCUCUUACCCACAAAACAAUGUGUCAACCUACCACAGUGCUAUUAUUAAAUCAUCAAACAAACACUACACAGCCUACACACUUCACUGGUACCAUUACUUCUUGCAGUUGAAAAAUGAUGUUAUUGAAGGAAGAAUCAGUUGUGAUGCCAAACAAGCUGUUCUUUUGGCUAGCUACAGUAUGCAAGCUGAGUUUGGCAACCAUGACUUGGAGAGGCAUACCGCAAAGUACCUGAGAGAUUUUGCUUUGUUUCCAAAGCAUUUGACGGAAGAAGGAGGCCGAUUGGAGAGCCUGACGGAGGCGGCCAUACUUCAGCACGCUGGCCUGGCUGGACUAGCGCAGGGCACCGCCGAAGAGUACUACAUACUCGCCGCUCAGCAGCUUGAUGGCUAUGGACACGAAACCUUCCUUGCUAAGGAUGAGUCUGGAAAUGAAGUUGUUAUCGGUGUAUCAUUGAGUGGCAUUGUUGUAGCUUCUGAAUCAAGUCAGGCAUCAAAGUUCUAUAGAUGGAAAGAUAUAACAAAUGUGAUCAAUCACAAACGACAUUUUGGCAUGGUAUGUCAAAGUCAGGAAGAUUCGGCCUCCUUCACAUUGAUCGAUGUUGAAACUGCCAAAUAUAUAUGGAGAAUGUGUGUACAUCAGCAUAAAUUCUUCAUGCAAAACGAGCAAGCAAGUGAUACCAGCAAUACUGCUCAGAUCGUCAGAAAUUUAUUUUCUCAAACUACUAAUGAGGAUGGCCCACUAGGAAGCAGCAGGGAGGAAUUGGACGGAAGAGAAGUGGGAAGUAGUAGUGGGGGUGGAGUAAGUGGUAGUGUAGGGAUGAUUGGGGGAGGGAGGGAUCACGGUGGUGGUGGAGGAGGAGGUAUGUUAGGAGUGGGUGGAGGGGCAGGCACAUGGGAUGUACAACGAGCCCAAUCCGCCUCUUGUCUCGACUUGGCUGCAUCGCACGAUCUCGAUAAACUUCGUUCUCUGUUGCCAUCCUACCGGCCUGCUCCAGACUAUGAGACUGCCAUGCAACAGCAGCAGAAAUACCACAGUCAACCGGGCAACAGUCUAAGGGGUGCUGUACUCUAUUCCAGCCAGCCAGAAAUCCAUCAAACCCAUCUGCAAGAGGGAGUGAGGACGUACCGCAACGCUUACAAACACUACCCUGAUGUGGCCCGGGUCGAAGCAAUGUACAUUGAACAAUCCGCCGAUGAUCGACAGCAGCAUACUGUGCCAAAUCUGCAUACUUAUAGUACGCCUGAUUUAGAGAGCCAAGUUGUGCAUGGCUAUCCAAUGCUGCAUCUGUACAAACCUCCGCCGCCAUAUCCCAUCAACAGGCCGAGCAGCAACAGCACACCUGAUCUUGCUAGUCAGACUUUGGGCCCUCCCACCAAUGCUUUCAUUUCGGGACAGGUGAGUGGUUCGAGUCCCGACCUGGUGUCGUCUCGCAGCGUGUCGCAGGCGAACGGUGCAGGCCACCACCACCAGGGGCAGCACCAGCACCAGCACCAGCACCAGCACCAGCACCAGCACCAGCACCAGCACUACUCACACUCACACCCACAUCUGCUGCCCAACCCGGAGGCGCACCGCACCUACACCAACCUCGCCAACCUCACGCUCAUCGACAUCGACGCGCAGCUCCAACAACAGCAUUUGGAAGAGCUGAGAGGAACGUUCGAUGACAGGAAUAUAAUGUACAUAAUGGGCCGCGGACAUGGGCAUGGGGCUCUAGUGCAUGGCCAGCAAGUCCCCUACACCAACAACCAAUUCUCUCAAAAAUCCACCCAGGGUGGUGAACCUAUCUACGAGAACGUGCCACUACCCUGGGCGGGCUCCGACGCCGGCGAAAGCCGCAGCCGCGCAUCCAGCAUACAAUCGGCACCCGAAAUGAGUCGAACAACAGCAACAACACCAUCGACUCCGGCAACAACGCCAACUGCAACAACAACAACAACUUCCGCUCAAAUUCACAAACAGCAGUCAACAACUGCUCCCGCCAAGGCACAACCGCAGUCUGCGCAUGCGCAGUCACAAGCUACUCCGCUCACCUCUUCUACCACUACCACCACCACCACCUCCUCCUCCUCCUCCUCCUCCUCCACCUCGCAGCUCUCACAAAUGGUGUCACACAACGAUACAACUGUUACUUCAGCAGAUUCGUCGCUGAGCGCGAACACCAGUUCGGGAACGAACUCGCUGGGCAAACAAGGCAAGGGUCGCCGGAAGUGGGGGGGUCUGCUGGGAGGGGGCAGUGGCAACAAACCCAAGGCAGUGCAAAGCAGAAGCGACCAAGGCCAAGGUCCCCGGCUUCCGCUGUCGCCGACCAUCUCCAAAGAGAUGAUGUGCCAGCUGUUGGAACGAAAAUUGAGCGACACUCAAUUAUUUUUCGAGUUUGAAAAGAUUCCAAAACAAAAGGCGAAUCCUGAUUUCACAACAGCUCAACAUCCUGAUAAUGCUAGUCGAAAUAGGUUUUCCGAUGCUCUUCCCUAUGAAGAAAACAGAGUUCGACUCACUCCAUGUAAGGAGAAUAAGAUGGGAUAUGUCAACGCCUCUCACAUCACUGCGAGUGUGGGCAGCCAUCAGAGGUUCUACAUAGCGGCGCAAAGUCCGCUGCCGCAGACAGUGAGCAGCUUCUGGCAGAUGGUGUGGGAGGCCGACGUCCACCUGGUCGUGGGUCUGGGUCAGCAUGACACCGAGUACUGGCCCACCACCACCGAUCGAUGCUUGCACAUUGGCGAGUUUGAAGUUUGGGGCCAGUUUUCGCAAGAGACGGGACAUUGUGUUACCACCAAACUGCGGCUGUACCACGCACCCACUCGACGCAGUCGUGGCGUGUGGCAUCUGCAGUACUCCGAAUGGGGAGACCAGGGCUGUCCCAAGACUGUUCCUCAUUUCCUAGGUUUCAUAGAGGAAAUGGGUUCAGUGCGCCAGCACACAGUGAGUGAGAUCCCAGCCGGCCACAACCGCAAUCCUCCCAUCCUGAUCCACUGCAGCUCGGCAGUUGGUCUGUCGGCUGUCUUGCUGCUCAGUGAUCUUCUGCUCUACACGCUCGAUCAUAAUCAGGAACUGGAUAUUCCUCGAGUAGUAUCACUGCUUCGUCAGCAAAGGAUGCUUAUGGUGCAAUCAGUAGCUCAGUAUAGAUUUGUUCAUGUGCUCCUCAUAUAUUACUUGAAGAACUCCCGCCUUAUAUAAUAAGUGUGCCUUUUAGAUUGAAACUCAUGCUGUUUCAAUUUUUGAUAAGUGAGUAGAACCUUGAUCGUUGCAUAUCUUAUUGGUGCUUUAUGUGUUCAAACUUAAAUUUUUCUAUUUAUGUUUUUUAUUUCAGUAGAACCACCAAAGUAAGGUUACUUUGAAAAUAGAUUGUUUUACUGGUAUUUCUGUGACCAGUUUAUAUUUUUAUGGAAGCAUGGAAUUUAUAUUCCAUACCACUUUUCCAUCACUGUAGUUACAUAUUUAGUAUGUAAUAAACUCAUAAAAUUGAUUUCAAUAGAUUUUUCACUAGCUUAACUAACUGAGCUUCUAUUAUAUUUAUUCUCAAUCUCUUGAAGGUAUGAAUCGUAACCGUGAUAGCCUGUUAAUUCACUAAUAAUUCAUAAUUGUAUUAAACUACUAUAGAAUUAGGCAGCUAAUAGCUUGGUGUUUAUACUGACUCAGUAAUUUGAAGUAAAUAUUUCAGUUGAUAUCAUUAUUCUUUCAAUUGGAUUAAUCUCCCAUGAUCUUUCCCAACGACAUAUUCUCUGGGUCACCAUAACUCUUGAAUUCAUAUAUUUGGGCGUAAUGCCUGUAGUCUUCCUUGACAUUGUAAAUAAAUAAAUAAAUAAAUAAUUCAUAAGAUUUUCAAUUGAUUUUAUUACAUCCAUAAUAAUUAAUUUUGAUUUGUUGUGAUACUUUCAUUUUAAUAUAUUUGCUGCUACCUUAUCUCAUUGUUCCAAGGCUUUUAGAUUAGUUUUCAUUGUAAAUAUUUUGUUGAUUAUUAACAAGUAAUUUAACUACUUUUCAGCUAAUUAUUUAUUUAUUAUGUAUCGAUAAUAUUAGUAUUUGUUUUUAAGUGUUCCAAUUAACUCGUUUUUUACCUAGGUUUUGAAUAGUUUUUAAGCAUUUAUUUCAAGGCAAUUUGUUACUUUCUUUUGUUGAAACUGAUUUUUUUAAAUCCAUUUUUUGAAAAUAAUGUAUAAUAGUCUAUAAUAUAAUAUUUAAUGGAUUGAUUCUCAAUUUUUAAUAUUCAUAUUUUGGAUUGAGAACUAAGGAAAUGAAAAUUUAAUAGAAAGGGGCAUAAUAAACUCAUUUGAUAUUGAUCUUCUUUUCUGCGCUGAUCAUACUAUUUGUGAUCCAUAGAAUAGAAGUGACUUAAAAUUUACUGUGCAAAUUAAUUCAUUAUUAUAAGAGUCUCGAAGUAGUAUUAUUUUUUUAAUUACAGCCGGAUGCGAGCUCUUUUAGAUGUUUCAACAAAAACUAUUUUGACUCAUGUUUGGACACUGAUAAGUACAUUUUUUAGUUGAUUAAAGAGAUCCUUUUCUCUAGUAA